UUUCAAGUCGUUCACAGCACCACCAAAUACCUAUUCACGAUGCGCCCUCUCACAGAAACCGAGACGCAGACACUAUUCGCCAAGCUUGCGAACUAUACCGGAAGCUCUUUGAAGAACUUAAUUGCUCCUCUGGACAAUGGACCAAAUGCUGAUAGAUUUGUCUUCCGCCUCCACCAGUCGAGAUGUUACUAUGUGCGCCUAUCGCUCGCCAAUCUUGCAGUUUCAGUAGCCAGAGAAAAGCUCCUGUCGCUGGGGACCUGCUUGGGUAAAUUCACAAAGACCGGAAAGUUCAGACUGCACAUUACGGCGCUUCCUAUCCUCGCAGAGCAUGCACGAUACAAAGUCUGGGUUAAGGCAAACGGAGAAAUGCCGUUCCUGUACGGUGGUCACAUUGUCAAGGCGCAUGUUGGAAGAUGGUCUGAGGAUUGCCCAGAGCACCAAGGUGUGAUAGUCUACUCGAUGAACGAUACACCAUUGGGUUUUGGAGUCACAGCCAGGAGUACACAGGAGGCACGCCGAUUAGAUCCUACGGGAAUUACCUGCUUCAGGCAGGCAGAUUGUGGAGAGUACUUGAGGGACGAGGAUAGUUUGUUCGCAACUAGCUGAGGUGCUGGAAAAUAUGGAUAUGGCAUUGCCGGCGUUGGGGAAUGGAUAUUUGGUGUUCUAUGGCGUCUAAGAUGCUACUUGUGGUAUCAAUUAAGGUUUAAGGCUGCUAUGUCCUACAGUAGCCGUCGCAUUUGUCUGUCGAUGUUUCUAUGGGCAAGCCCAGUGCCUGAGCGCAGUAUACUAUUUCGAAUUCAUCCAAGACAACAGUUUACACAAGUUCAUAUGUUCAUCAUAUCG